CAAGAAGCACAAUAUGUGUGACAGACCAAGAAGACAUGUGCCUCAUGUGCGAACUCUCAGUCUCAGAUCCUCGCGGCUCCUAAUUCUGGUCUUCCUCUCCUCUCUUUCGAGCUUUGCAGUAUUCCCUGCAGCUAAUGCUGCUACUUCUUCAUCAUCAUCUAACACUGACUUCGAAACCCUCCUUUGCCUGAAGCUCCAUCUCUCAAACCCCGCCGGCCUCCUAGGCUCAUGGAAGCAGAACGAUUCCCUCAGUUUCUGCCGCUGGCCCGGUGUUACUUGCAGCAAGACGAGCACACCUCGUGUCGUUGCGCUGGACCUCGAGUCAUCUGGCCUCAAUGGCCAAAUACCACCCUGCAUCGUCAACCUCACUCGCCUCACAAGGAUCCACUUCCCAGACAAUCAACUCGGUGGCCAGAUUCCACUGGAACUUGGGAAGCUGAGUAGGUUGAGCUACCUGAACCUCAGCUCAAACAACUUCAACGGUUCGAUCCCAAACACAUUGUCUUCCACAAAUCUUCAGGUGAUUGAUCUCGGAAGCAACAAGCUGAGUGGAGUUAUCCCGGAAGAGGUUGGGAUGCUCCGCAAUCUUUCGGUUUUACAUCUUGCUCGUAACAGUUUUACGGGCAACAUUCCCCUUUCACUUGGAAGCAGCCCAUCCCUUGUUUCUGUAGUCCUUGCAAACAAUACACUCACGGGGCCUAUUCCGUCCGCCCUUGCUACCAGUUACUCGCUUCAAGUACUGAACUUGGUAGAAAACAACCUUGGUGGUGAUAUUCCUCCAGCCCUGUUCAACAGCACAUCACUUCGAAGAUUAAACCUUGGGUGGAACAGUUUUACUGGGUCCAUACCAGCUGUUUCAAAUCUCAACUCACCUUUGCAAUAUCUUACGUUAUCGGUGAAUGUUCUUGCAGGCACUAUACCUUCAUCUUUGGGGAAUUUUUCUUCCCUUCGCUCGCUCUUGCUUGCAGAAAACCAUUUUCAGGGCAUCAUCCCAGUAAGUAUAACUAAAAUACCAAACUUGCAAGAACUUGAUAUAUCUUACAACAGUUUCCGAGGGACUGUCCAACCCUCCUUAUACAACAUUUCUUCACUCACGUACCUUAGUUUAGGCGUCAAUGAUUUCUCUGAUACUCUUCCAUUUGACAUCGGGUACACCCUUCCAAGCAUCCAAACGUUGAUCUUGCAGCAAAGUAACUUCCAAGGCAAAAUCCCUCCUUCUCUGGCCAAUGCUACAAAUCUUGAGUUCAUUAACCUAGGGGCUAAUGCAUUCCAUGGUAUUAUCCCAUCUUUUGGGGCUCUUUACAAGUUGAACACACUAAUUUUGGCAAGUAAUCAGCUGCAAGCUGGAGAUUGGUCUUUCCUCUCCUCAUUGAAAAAUUGCACACAGUUGGAGGUGUUGUCUUUGGCAACAAACGUAAUGCAAGGGAAUUUGCCCAGUUCAGUUGGUAGUCUUGCAACCCUAAAGGCUUUGUGGCUGCACGCAAAUGAGAUAUCUGGUACCAUACCACCAGAGAUAGGGAACCUCACAAACCUCUUGCAGCUUAGAAUGGAGCAGAAUAAUUUUGUCGGAAAUCUCCCUGGCUCAAUUGGAAAUCUUGCAAAUUUGACUUACAUAAAUUUAUCACGGAACAAACUUUCUGGACAGAUUCCACUUUCAAUAGGCAAACUCCAUCAACUGUAUAAGCUACUUUUGCAAGAUAAUAAUUUCAGUGGAGCCAUUCCUAGGGCGCUAGGUGACUGCAAAAAUUUAAUCACUCUCAACCUUUCAUGUAACACCUUAGACGAGAGCAUCCCAAAAGAGCUUUGCUCUCUUACCUCCCUAACAGAAGGUUUCGAUUUGUCCCACAACCAGCUUUCUGGACAAAUUCCACAGGAGAUUGGUGGCUUGAUCAAUAUAGGCUCACUAUAUUUUUCCAACAACCAUCUUUCUGGCCACAUUCCAACUACUCUAGGUUCCUGUGUCCACUUAGAGUCCCUUCACCUGGAGGGUAACUUUCUUGAUGGCAGAAUUCCUGAGUCUUUCAUCAAUUUGAGAGGUAUUGCUGAGAUUGAUCUCUCUCGAAACAACUUGAGUGGAAAAAUUCCAAACUUUUUUCAAUCCUUCAAUUCUUUGAAUCUUCUCAACUUGUCCUUCAACAAUUUUGAGGGCCAAAUGCCAGAAGGAGGGAUAUUUAAAAAUUCUAGUGAGGUAUUUGUCCAAGGGAACAUCUUGUUAUGCUCUAGUUCCCCAAUGUCACAACUGCCGCUUUGUGUUGCAUCAUCAAGACAGCGCACUUCCCAUAACCUAAUGAUAACUGGGAUUAGCGUAGCUCUUGCUUUGAUCUCUUUCUCAUGUGUAAUAUUUGUUCUCUUGAAGUGGAGAAAAAGAUCUAAACGGACAGAUCAUCCAUCAUUCAUGGAGAUGAAAAACUUCUCCUAUGCUGAUUUAGUCAAAGCGACAAAUGGUUUCUCUUCAGACAACUUGCUUGGUUCAGGGACAUAUGGAUCAGUAUAUAAGGGUGUACUUGAGUCGGAAGCAAGUGAAAUUGUUGCUAUCAAAGUUUUCAAGCUUGAUGAACUUGGAGCUCCAAAAAGCUUUGUUGCUGAGUGCGAAGCCUUUAGAAACACUCGUCAUCGUAAUCUUGUAAGGGUGAUUUCUGCAUGCUCAACAUGGGACAACAAACGGAAUGAUUUCAAGGCUCUUGUAAUGGAGUAUGUGGCCAAUGGCACCCUAGAGAGCUGGAUUUAUUCAGAAAUGCGAAGACCGUUAAGUUUGGGCUCGAGAGUAACAAUAGCAGUGGACAUAGCUGCUGCAUUGGAUUAUUUACAUAACCGUUGCGUGCCUCCUAUUGUCCAUUGUGAUUUGAAGCCUAGCAAUGUGCUUCUAGAUGAUGUCAUGGGUGCCCGUCUUAGUGACUUUGGGUUAGCUAAGUUCCUUCAAAGCCAUAAUUCUUCAAGUAUUACUAGUUCUACAAGCUUAGCGGGACCAAGAGGAUCAAUUGGUUACAUUGCACCAGAGUAUGGAACUGGGAGCAAGAUCUCGACAGAGGGAGAUGUCUACAGCUAUGGAAUCAUCAUCCUAGAAAUGCUCACAGGGAAACGCCCAACAGAUGAGUUGUUUAAUAAUGGUUUGAGCCUUCAGAAAUUUGUUGGAAAUGCAUUUCCCCAAAAGAUUCAUGCGAUACUUGAUCGUAAUAUCAUCCCAAAUUUCGGAUCUGAAGGCAUGGAGAAUAAACUAGACCAUGAAAACAAUGCAAUCAUGGGAAUGUAUAGCUGCAUUAUGCAGCUUGCUAAGCUUGGUCUCUCAUGCUCUAUGCAGACACCAAAAGAUCGACCAAAAAUGUUGGACGUUUAUGCUGAAAUGUCCACAAUCAAAAGAACCUUAUCUGCACUAGCUACUAUGUGUUGAUGAAUAGACACCUGGUUUUGUUUA